AUGGCAGCAAUUAGGGAGGUCCUCGCCCGUCUGAACGAAGCGGCCGACGCCUUCACACAGGCACUGGAUAGCCAGGAGAAUGACGACCGCAGCAGCUUGCGCGAGCCGGAUCCCUGGUACAACUUGUCUUUACUGAGUGCACAAGCUUUGGAAGCUCAGGGGGAGUUGAUAGCGACUGCGGAGGCAAUCAUUCGUCUAGCCAAGGGACCACAGGCAUGUCUUACCAGCUACUCGGACAAGGUCCCCCUGAAAGGCUCGAUCACAUAUCACGAGCUCAGUGCAGCCCUUCCGAUAGCACCAGAGCUACUUCAGCGCCUGGUCAGACUUGCGUCGCUCGCAGGGUUCCUGGUGGAAGAUAAGGAUGGGGCUGUCCGGCACAGUGCCAUGUCAAGUGUGUUCCUCCGGGAUCCGCCAGCGGCCGACGCGGCCCGAUUUCUGUUCGACGUUGAUAUGCGUGCAUCCAACUAUUUUUACGACUCGAUUAAGCUGGAUCCGUCGGGCCGGGACAACCGCUGUUGCCCGGUGUCACUUGCCUUCCAGAAGGACGACAAGUCCGAAGCCCAGGCCCAUCCGUUGACGAUCUGGGACAUCCUGGAGCGAGACGCAGCCCUGAAAGCCCAAUUCCACUCCAGCAUGGUUGCUGUCCUUGCCAGUCCCUCGCACGCCUUGAAACACGUUCCAAAUGCGUAUGAUUGGGGCAAAUUUAAGACACUAGUUGACGUCGGAGGGUCCCAGGGCCAGGCGUCGCUCGCCAUUGCCGAAAAGUACGAGGGCAUUCACAUAAUAGUCCAAGACCUCCCGGAGGUGGUUGAAAUGCUCCAGCCGUCACGCGCUACAGAAGCGGCGCGCCGCCUAGAUUUCCAGGCUCACGAUUUCUUUACGGAACAGCGUACUGUUGCAGAUGGAUACUUCCUCCGGCAGGUUCUUCAUGACUGGCCGGACAAGGAAGUCCAGACGAUCAUCAAAAACUUGGUCCCUGCUUGCCGGUCCGGGACUAAGCUGCUUGUCAUGGAUAUAGUCCUCCCCGUGCCGGGGUCGAUCCCCUGGUUUAUGGAGAAACAGCUUCGUUCGGUGGAUGUCUCGAUGUUCUCGCUCUGCUCCGCGAAGGAGAGAACGCUGGAGGAGUUUCGUACUUUGGUGGAAAGUUGUGAUGCUCGGUUUCGGUUUGAAGGGGUCUGCACUCCGCCAGGAAGCGGCACCAGUUUGUUGUCCUGGGUAUUCGACUCUGGAUCAGGGAAUGCCAGGGCAGAUGAGAUUCCUGUAAACAAGGAUCCCUUGGACGGAUGA